AUAACUGGGUGAUGUAUGAUGUGAGUUUAUAUUUUUAGGAGUUUGUUGGUUGGGAGACUGAAGAUUUUCUUAGAUGGAGAUGGAGAUGGACAAUUGGGAUCAAGUAAUACAACCUGCGUGCGAGCUUCAGCUAAAGAAUGUCAAGAAUACGCGAAAUUAGUUUACGCAGAUGAAGAUGUUCCGGUGUUACGUAUGGACGCCGGUUCAAAUACUGUCUCGAAAUGUGCCAUAAUUGAAACUCCAUUGAUUGUCGGUGGGACCAAAGCAAAACCUAUGGAAUUUCCCCAUAUGGCUCUAAUUGGCUACGGGCGGGAAGAAAUUUUUUGGCAAUGCGGAGGAACAUUAAUUUCAGACAAGUUUGUACUUACUGCCGCUCAUUGCAUCGAUUCACGUGAUAAAGGACCAGCAACAAAAGUAAGAGUCGGCCUGAUAAAUUCAAAAAAUCCCAGGCCCUCAAUGCAAGAGCGUGAUGUCAUUGAGAGAAUAACUCACCCUGAUUACAAAUUACCAUUACGUUAUAAUGAUAUUGCUCUAAUUAAAUUAGAGAAACCGGUAGAUUUGAAUGCAGAAGUUCGGCCCGCGUGUUUGGAAACAGAAGAAAUUUUGAAAGAAAAAAAAUUUAUUGCCAGUGGAUUUGGAAAAACUGCUUACGAGGCGGAGACAGGAAGUGACGAUUUGAUGAAAGUAACUCUGGAUAAAAUAGAAACUGAUGAAUGUAAAGAAAAAUUCAAGAGUGAACUAGGAAGCAAACAGAUGCCGGAAGGCUUGAAAGAGACUAUGAUUUGCGCUGGAGUUAUGGAAGGGGGUAAAGACACUUGUCAGGGCGAUAGCGGCGGUCCACUGCAGCGAGUCCUUCAUACUCCUUACUGCACUUACAGCGUCUUGGGUAUCACAAGUUUUGGUAAAUUCUGCGCCUUCAAAAACUCACCAGCAAUUUACACUAGAGUCUACUCUUAUCUAGAUUGGAUUGAAAAAAUAGUCUGGUCUUGAAAUAAAAAGACUAGAUAAUUAUUUAGUAAAAAUUAUCAUUUUAUUUACAAUUUACUUAUAAUUAAUAUUUAAAAAUUAUUAAACAAUUAACAUAACAAUUAUAAUUAUACAUAGAUAUAUAUAUAUAUAUAUUUUUCAAAUUAAAAACCAGUAAAUAUAUAAGAUCAGUCUUCUACUCUCAGUAAUUAAUCUCUUGAGUAGUUAUUUUAAUUAUUAUUUUGUUUUUUAUUUUUAAAAUUCAGUCUUAUUGAGUAUAUACAUAUAUAUUUAAUUAUAUAUAUUUACCAGUCUGUAAAAAAAAAAUAUAAAUGUGGAGUAAUAAAUUCAUUGAAGUAAAAAUAAAAUUUUUAUCAGAGCAGAAGGUGCGGCGAUAAAAAAUAAACAAGGAUGUCUGGGUCUGGACACGUGGGAGAACAAGAUUGUUCAAGAUUUAUAGUCGUGAGUUAUUAUAAUUUUUAUUUUAUGUAGAGCAAGUACUUUUUUUUUUUUUAUUUU